AUGGCUGGUGGAAAAGGAAAAGCCGGGAAGGAUUCUGGAAAAUCCAAAUCUAAGGUUAUUUCUCGUAGUGCUAGGGCUGGACUUCAAUUCCCUGUAGGAAGAAUUCAUCGUUUUCUUAAACAAAGAACAACCUCUCAUGGUCGUGUAGGAGCUACUGCUGCAGUCUACAGUGCUGCUAUUCUUGAAUAUCUCACCGCCGAAGUGCUAGAGCUUGCUGGUAAUGCCUCUAAAGAUUUGAAGGUGAAAAGAAUCACACCAAGACAUCUUCACCUUGCCAUUCGCGGAGAUGAAGAAUUGGAUACUCUCAUUAAGGCUACCAUCGCUGGAGGAGGAGUUAUUCCUCACAUUCACCGUUAUUUGAUGAACAAGAAGGGACAACAACCAGGACAACCAGCACAAAAGGCUUAA